GCCGCUUCUUCUUCUUUGUCUUCUGCAUUGCAGAAAAUGGCUUUCGAUUUCAGACAAUCUCCUAUCUCUCUUACCAAAAUCCUAAAAACCCUAAUUCCAAUCCUCUCUCUCUUCUCUGUCGUCUCUCACAUCUCUCAUGCAGUUUCCAUUCCAGGGAUGGAGAUGGGAGAUGGAGAAGGAAUCGGCGGAAAUGAAUUGUUUCUGGAAAUUCUUAGGGAUGAGGCAGUAGCCAGGCUUAAUCAGUUAGGGAAGAUCAGUGAUGCUGAUGGUUAUCUUGAGCGGACAUUCUUGAGUCCAGCUUCCAUAGGAGCCAGCAAUCUUAUACUUAGCUGGAUGCAGGAUGCUGGUUUGACAACGUGGGUGGACCAUAUGGGUAAUGUACAUGGUCGAUAUGAAUCAGUGAAUGCGAGUGCAGAGGCUAUAUUGAUUGGUUCUCAUUUGGAUACAGUCAUUGAUGCUGGAAUAUACGAUGGGUCAUUAGGUAUAGUUUGUGCAGUGUCGGCAUUGAAGGCUUUGAAGAUCAGUGGAAGAUUAGAGAAACUUCAGCGACCAGUAGAGGUGAUUGCAUUUAGUGAUGAGGAGGGUGUUAAGUUCCAAUCCACCUUUCUAGGAAGUGCCGCUAUUGCUGGUAUUCUACCCCUGUCAGCAUUGCAGAUAUCUGACAAAAGUGGUGUAACGCUGCAAGACAUCCUUAAGACACACUCUUUUGAAGCUACAGAGGAGAGCUUUCUUCAGCUCAAAUAUGACCGGCAAAAAGUUCGAGGGUAUAUUGAGGUUCACAUUGAGCAAGGUCCUGUGUUAGAAGCGCUUGGUCAACCUCUUGGAGUGGUGGAAGGAAUAGCUGGACAGACACGGUUAAGGGUAACAGUGAAAGGUUCACAAGGGCAUGCGGGUACAGUGCCAAUGUCUAUGCGUCAGGAUCCAAUGGUUGCUGCUGCCGAACUCAUUGUAUUGUUGGAAGAUCUUUGUAAGCAUCCUGAGAAAUAUCUAACUUAUGAUGGACACUGUGAUGGUUUAUCCAGGGGAUCUCUUUCAGGAUCCCUUGUCUGUACGGUUGGAGAAAUAUCUAGCUGGCCGAGUGCAAGUAAUGUCAUUCCUGGCCAGGUAACCUUCACGGUUGAUUUACGCGCGAUGGAUGACAGCACACGUGAAGCUAUUGUUUUUGAACUGUCUAAUCGCUUAUAUCAAACGUGCGACCGUCGUUCUGUUUAUUGCAUCGUUGAACAUAAGCAUAAGGCAGAAGCAGUGCGUUGUGACACAGAUCUGAGUUUGCAACUGAAGGCUGCAGCUCAUUCAGCACUGAGGAGAAUGUCAGCUGAGAUUCAGUGGGAUGUGCCAAUGCUGAUGAGUGGAGCAGGACAUGAUGCAAUGGCCAUGUCUCAUUUAACCAAGGUUGGCAUGUUGUUUGUCCGCUGUCGUGGAGGAGUUAGCCAUUCCCCUGCAGAACAUGUUUUGGACGAUGAUGUUUGGGCCGCGGGUUUGGCACUAUUGGCAUUUCUUGAGACCAACAUGUAAGUUAUACACCAUGAACAAAAACCAAGUGGUUUUGGUGUUUUACAUAUCUGUGGGUACUCACUCGUUUUCAUUUGGUCCAAGUGAGACCAGGGUUAAGUGAUCCAAACCAUUGAUUUGAUUUGACCUUCUUCCAUUGAUGCCCUAUGCGAUCCUAGCCGUUGAUUCUUUGGCUUACCUUUGGUUGUAUAUAUAUCAUUGUUAUAUUUUCUUUCUCAACUGUCUACUUUCUGGCCCCUAUGAACUUGGUGAACUGACCAUCCUAGUUGGUUCCUUCAUAUCAAUGUUUUGGAUCAGUGAACCACAGGGGCCCAUUUUGAAGAAACUGAAAGACCAAGCAAAUGUACAUAUCUGGGAUUGAUCAUUGAAUAAUUUCUUUAUAUCUAUGACAUGUACAGUAUUUGUCUGAACAUUUAAAAUCGCUACGUUAUGCAUAAAUGAAGGUUUGUACUA